AUGGCUCAUACACAAAGAGACCUCGUGGAGUUCAACUUAACGGAGAACGUGUUACGUAGCGUCCAGUUAUAUUACACACCCAUGCUCGUUUACUUCGGUUCUCUAGGAAAUUGCCUCUCUGUGAUAGUAUUCUUUGGAACGAAAUUAUGCCAAUAUUCGUCGAGCAUCUAUCUCGGCGCGUUAGCGAUCAGCGAUACAGGCUUCCUGGUAUCCGUCUUCGUGGUCUGGUUGAACCUUGUAGAGGUCGGCCUGUUCAAUCAACAGGGUUUCUGUCAAUUUUUCAUUUACUUAACCACCCUUUGCAGCUUCAUGAGCGUUUGGCUCGUAGUGGCAUUUACCGUAGAGAGGUUUAUAGCUGUUCAAUAUCCUCUCUAUCGUCAAUCAAUGUGCACAGUGGCCAGGGCGAAAGCUACGGUCUCCAUAUUGACUACAUUAGGUGUUGUUCUGUGCAGUCCAGUUUUAUGGUUCUCAGCACCACGGCUACAGUACGGUAAAAAUGGCAACGUGACCGAGUGCCAUUUAGCUGAGGGGCUUGAAUCAUGGGCGAUCGUUUAUAACAUGAUCGACACGGUGCUGACUUUCGCGAUACCCUUCACCGUGAUCAUUAUUCUGAACGUGUUGAUUGCACGGGCUAUCUAUAGGCAUAUCAAAAUUAGAAAAUCUCUAACCAACGAGCCGAGUAUCAUGAAGGAGAAACAACCGCAAGCGCAAAGCUUCCGGAACAAUCUGGCGCAGACCAAAAUCACUAAGAUGCUUCUCGUCGUCUCUAGCGCUUUCCUGUGCUUUAAUCUUCCAGCGUAUGUCUUGAGGAUUUAUGCUUUCCUACAUUUUCAGAGGGAAAGCAACUUAAGCCAUGUACGAUCGCUGGAAUUGGCGCAACAGGUUUGCAAUUUGUUGUUCAAUACCAACUUUGGGAUUAAUUUUAUUCUGUAUUGCGCGACGGGCCAGAAUUUUCGAACAGCGAUACGGUGCAUGUUUUUAAAGCGAUUUCGCAGAAAAAACAGAGCUGUGAUGCAGGUGUCGAAUCACGAAAUGCAAAAUGUUUCAAACUAUGUACGAUCAAGUACGACAACCACGGUACAACGACAUCCAAGAGGGUUCACGGAACCGUGGCAAGAAUUCCAUGAGCUAAAUGUCAUCUCAGAGUAAAUCGCUGUACAACUAAAGCACAACUUAGUGAUUGGAAUUCGCACACAAUCGAACAGAUAGA